ACUAAUCGGUAUUUAAUUUUUCACCGCCAAAAUUUCUUAUCGGUUUUUGUAUCAUCCCUGAUUUUGCUCGCAAAACUUUUCUGCGGUCAGUUUGCCGCCAAAAUUGCGAACAGUGUAAAGAGCCACUAAAACAACAUUGAAUUCACUUACAUUUAUGCGGCAUGUCAGCCGACUACAUACUACAUACAAGUGAGAAACGGGAAUUGUCCACAGGGACAGCGAAAAACUAUGUAUGUCCAGUCGCAACAGCAACAGCGGCGCAGCAGAACCACGGGACGCGGCGAAUGUUUCACUGUCGGAUGGAGCAUGAAGAGCCACUUUCUGGGCACCUGCGGACGGACGCCGAGUAAGCUGUGGUCGCAACUGGUACUCAGCGGCAUAUUCAAUCAUGUCAAGUGUAAUAAUUUUGCGAAUUCCACGUACAUACAUAUGUACAUAUGUUUGUGGUUAUGUGCGAUCCUUCGGGAGGGAGAACUGGAGGAUGAGACUUGGAAAGCAAGUGCUUCCUUUUGUCUCACCUUGGCAGAGACUGGGCACAACAUUGCAUGGAUGGUGGACAUAAACAAGCAUGUGUACAGACAUGUGCAUAUUACAGGAGUAUAUGGAAUUCGCGACGCAUUCAACCACUCCAGUUGGGAACCAAUUAAAGAACAUAUGGAUGGUAUUUUCAGGGUAUUUUUCAAUCGGAGCAUCCGCUAUAGCGUAACCUGUCGGUUCUCCUGUGCUUUGCAGCAUAUCGCAAACACACUCUGACAGAGACAGACAGACAAUGACGCUUCCCUGAUAAGUUUCAACCCAAAAAAGAGAAACAAGAAACGAAUGCAUAAACGUGCAGCAGAGAUACGAAACGGGAAUUGGUGAAAAUAAUGAACGGAAAUACAACAUUUUGGGGGAAUCCAACUCAUUAAAAAUUAUACUCCGAUAUGAUGUGAUAUGAUACGUUAUGAUUUGCGACUGGAGCAGGGAGACUUUCUUUAUUUCGCUCCGACCUGGUGGUUAACGCCAGAUGUCAGGGCCCUGACAUAGGUGUAACACCCAGGCGUGGAAAGGGUUUUUUGCCGUGGCCACUCUUGUGUAUUGGGCUUGCCUCAUUUUCACCUACACUGCCCGCUGUAACCCAUGUCAAAAUGUUUGGCUAAAGGCGAUUGCUAAAUACGUGGCCGGAUUUUGGGAGCAAGGUCCCGCCAUAUUGGCUUGCGGUGCACCUGUGGGUACUGGAGGGGACUGGCGUGGCUUGUCACUUGGUCCACGACCUCCACGCCAAACGCAACAUUCAAUUUCGGAUCUCAUUCGCCCUCAAACCCAUAUAUGCGGGCCGCAAUAAUUUCUCCUUUGCCGCCUUCUUCAACUUCAACGCCAACUUCUUUGUGUUGCCCUUUUCUUCUUAUCAGCUUUCUUCAUUUAUGCUACGCUGCGUUCUGGGACUCCGACUGCGACUGGGACUGGAGCCGGGACACGGCACAUCGUAUCGAGUCCAGGGCCCGGCCUGUUCUGUCUCAGUUUUUGAGGCCUCGGCAUUUGUAAUACGGUGGCAUAUAACACUUAAGUGCUUGUUGUUGUUUUAUAAGAUAAACUUUUGCAAAACCCACAUACAUACAUAUGUAUGUACAUAUGUGUGUGUGUACAUGUCUUCUGGCCAAAACUGAAAUGAAAGAGCUGGCCCAAUCACCCAAGCAGAGUGUGGGGAAAUGGGGUACCGUGAUGCCAAUUCCAUUUACUGGCACUUUCAUUAACCAACCCACCAAAAAGUAAACGAAUUGCAUUUGUAUUUUUAGUUCUCGCUGAAAGUUGCGGGUUGAUGCUGAUGCUGAUGCAGGGCUCAGAGAAUUGCCACUAAAGUUUGCUGUUACUCUGGAGGGAUUCGCGGAACUGUACUCGAAUGAUAUGAGUUUGUGUUUCAGAUUCGGCAAUAGAUAUCAAUCAGUUAUUCACAGUGAACGCUCGAUUCUCGCAUGGAAUGGGGCUUCACUUGUUAUUAUUUGUUUUAAAUGAAGGGCACUCUUUAAGUGG